AUGUCAUGUCCUCGUCUGACUGGUACAGCAGCGUUGCUCAAGAGCUCACACCCUGACUGGUCACCAGCUGCUAUUCAGUCUGCAAUGAUGACAACUGCCGAUGUACUAGAUCAUGAAGACAAGCCCAUUCUUGACUACAAUUAUGUUCCAGCUGAACUCUUUGCCACUGGUGCAGGCCAUGUUAACCCCUCCAAAGCAAACGAUCUGGGGCUUGUCUACGACAUCCAACCAGACGAUUACAUUCCUUAUUUGUGCGGUUUCAAGUACAAUGACAAAGAGGUUGUUUCUCCAGAGGGAGUAAGCAUUCAAGUAAAGCCUGAGGAGAUUGUGUUCACCAAGCUGAAACAGACAGCAACUUACAAAGUGACUUUCAGCCUAGAUGAUGAGGGCUAUAGUCAGAGUGCUGGCCAUAAGUUAUUUGCUCGAGGCUCCCUGCAAUGGAUUUCUGCUGAACAUGGUGUUAGUAGCCCAAUUUUUGUCGCAUUCAAAAACGACGAUAGGAUGCUGCUACUCACACCUUAG